GUUGAGAAUGAGGAGCGCUCGCCCGAGGCGGCAGCGCCGCAGGCGGAGGAGGAGGAGGCAGCUCAGGACGAUCCGCCAGCAGGCGCUCCCCAUGUAGGGGGGUUCGUGGAUGUGCAUGGCAUCGGGCAUAGCAUCGUGCGUUGCAACCGCUGCUGUCGCACGGCAAAGGAGUGCAACUACAGGAUCAGGGCGAAGGGCCAGUCGACUUACCAGUGCGACGCGUGCAACAACACGAACGGGGUGCGCCUUUCUCGGAGGUUCGGACAGUGGCCGCCGAAGUGUUUCGCCAAAAUGAAGAGUGAGUUCAAGCAGCAGUUCUACAAGGAUCUGGCAGAAGAUCCUGGGCUGUCGAACCUCGAUCGCCUUGAAGCCUUCGUGGUCAGCUCAAUCACUGUCCAACGGAUGGAGGAGGAGCGCGUCCGCAAGGGUGGCAAGUACCUUCCGCUGAGGAAGUGGGCGCACGACGGCUUCGACGCGAAAAAGAUUGAAGAUAAUGUGCAGGAAAAGAGGUGGAACCCUGAUCUCGGGGAGUGGACGUACAGGCCGCAAUUGGAGGCGGCCUGGAGCGAGACAGUGGAGGCCGCAGUGCGCAACGAGCUGUACACCGAUAAGAGGACGCAGGCGAAGCAGAGCGGCCCGCGGGCAGCGGCCUCGACGGGCGUCGCAGAGCACGGCGGCGACAAGGGCGACAGAAGCGACGAGAGCGACAGGAGCCGCUCGCGCGGCGACCGCGACAGGAGCAAGAGCCUCCGCAAGGGCAGGAGCAAGAGCCGCGGCAAGAGCAAGGACAGGAGCAAGAGCAGGGAUAAGGACGCUGAGAAGGAGCGGAGGCGACUGGAAGCGAGGGAGAAGGCCGAGCAGGCCAAGAAGGAGACGCAGGAGAAAAACCUGGCGCUGAAGUGGAUCGGCACCGCAACGAGGCUCGAGACAGAGCUGGACGGGUACCUCGAGCAUGAGAAGGCGGACAAGGUGCCGUCAGGGGCUGUGAAGAACGCGAAGGCGGCGAGGAAGUCUGUGGCAGUCAUGAAGGCGGUGGCGCAGAAGCGCGUGCACAGCGGCGUGGCGUUGACGAUCACGCAGGACGAGGCCAUCAUCAUCCAGAAGGAUGCGAGCUCGGCGGCGAGGGCCAUCGCGGGGAUGCUCAAGGAGGCGCAGAAGCACAGCACCUGG